CUCAGAUCACUUCUUGAUUGCCCUUCCUUUCUCGUUAAUACUCUCAUUUCUCUCUCUCUAUUCUGCAUCGCAUUCAUUUCAUCGAUGGCUAUGCCUUCAAACAGGUCUUCGUCUUCUUCUUUAGCAGCAGCAUCAAGCAGAUCAAACCCUAAUUUGAGAAACUCAGAAAUCAGUAACUCUGUCAGAAGGAGUUUCAGUGGAAACCCAUUCCAGAAACCUUCUAUCAUCGCAAACCCUCGUAGUUUCAACCCUUAUACUCCAGCCAAUAGUCCUUCAGAUUUCCCACGAAGAAACUCUAUUGGUGGCAGAGAAAGCAUAGGGUCGCUUGGUGACCUUGAUGACAAAGAAAAUGGGAAAGAACAUGUUCUCAAGUCGUCAAAGGUUCGAUCUCCAGCUGCUUCAACGAAGGGCAUGAAAAAUUUCAUGACUCCAACUAUAUCUGCUUCUUCUAAGAUCACAGAGUCUCCAAGAAAGAAAGUGCUCACGGACAGGAAUGAGCCAGCAAGAACUUCAUUUUCCUCCGCGGAAGGGAAAAGCCCCAGUCGAAAGGUUACUUUUGGAGAUUCUAUUGAUGAGAAAAAGUUCCAAAAUUUUUCUGAUGGGAUCAUCAAGGAAGAGACACAUAAGCAUAAAAGCCCCAUUCGCAAGGUAACAUUCGCAGAUUCUGUUGAAGAGAAGACGUUUCAGCCUUCGCCUGAUGAGGUCAGCGAAGAGGACAGGGAUGAACAUACAGCUUCCUUGGUUUCUGAAGAUUUGAUAGCCGAAGCCAAAAGCCCUAAUCCAAAUGUGGCAUUUGCAGAUUCUAUUGAAGAGAAAAAGUUUGAACCUUUUACUGAUGGGUUCAUCAAAGACGACGCAGAGGAACAUACGUCUUCCACUGUUUCUGAAGAUUUGAAAGCUGAAGGCUUGGAUUCACAUAAUGAAACAGAAUCAGCAUGCGAAGCUGUGACUAAUGAACCUGAUUGUGUUAAUCUUGAUCCAUCUUUUAGGCUUAGUCCUACCCCACCUCCAUUUUCUUCGACCUCUACAGUCAUAGCUCCUCUUGAUGCUGAUCCUCUUAUUCCUCCAUAUGAUCCUAAAGCUGACCCUUUGAUUCUUCCAUAUGAUCCUAAAGUGAAUUACCUUUCUCCAAGACCCCAGUUUCUCCGCUAUAAACCAAACCCAAGACUUCAGCUUUACAAAGAAAGGGAGUCUAUGAAGUUAGAUGACGGCUCUUCAGAUACAGAACUAACAGAGGAGGCAUUGUCUGGUGGGUCAGAGAAGGAAUCAGAAGUUUCUUCGGAUGAAAUAGCAAGUGAAGAUCAGAAUCAUGUUUCUGAAGCAAGUACUAUCAACAGCACACUCACGCCGGAGGACGAAAUUGCUGAAGCAAAGGAGUUGCUAAACCAGGUCUUUGAUCCAUUGCUUAAAGAACUCACCACUUGGUCUCGGACUUGUGAUUCCUCUGAAUUUUACCAGUUUGCAACUGCCAAUUUUGAUCGUUUUUCACAGUUAGCAAAAGAUAAUUUGGAUGGCUUAAGUCGAAAUUUUCAUAUCUGGUUUACCAAAUGGAUGUCCUCAACUUCAAAAUUGAUUUCAUCAUUUAGAGGAGUGCAAGAUUCUGGUCACUUGCAUUGGAACCUGACUGAUUUGACAGAAAAUACUGAGGUUUAUCAAUUUCCUACAUUUGUUCAAGAUGGAAAUCUAAUACGAGAAGCUCCGCAGGUGGAUAUUCCAGUAUUGAACGUUGAAAAGACUGAUGAUUUCACUGACACCUCUAGUGAUGAUGAUAUUGGAGAUAUUAUUAUGGCAGAUCAUUAUGCUUCAGCAUAUGAAGAACAAGUAGUUCAGGAACUGGAUCCAGUCCCUGACAAUGAUGCUGUCAAGGAGAUUGAUACUGAUGCAAGAGUUCAUGAAAUUCACACUGAAGUUGAAAAUGCCUCACCUGCUUCGGAAAUUGGAGCGGUUAGUGAACCCAGUCAGUCAGAAAGUAACACUGAUUAUCCAGAUUCAGAGGCUCAUGAAAUUCAUACUGAAGAUUUUGAAGCUAAUAAUUUACAAGCAAAGCAGACUCCAGAGAAGGAUGCUGAAACUGGCAGUGUAGACCUUAAAGAUCAGUCAGAUUUAAGCUCUGAAGUUUCUGAAACUGCUGAAAUGCAUACAGACAGCGAGCCCGCGUCUGAGAUUAAUACAGUGCAUCAAGAUGUGCAAUUGAAAUCAGAGGAAAAAUAUCUUGUACCAGUUAUUGUUGCCUCUAUCCUUCUCUUUCUAUCCAUAAUCGCAGGUGCAGCAUUCAAGUUCUUGAAGAAGAAAGAUGAAGGAAGAAGAAGAAUGGCUGCUACCAAUACCACUUCUAUGGAGCAACCUCCCAUGACUAAGGCAUUGCAAAAAGAGGAGACCUUUUCUUCGCUGGAAAGGCCAUUUCUGAGGAAUAGCCCUAUAGAAAUGGAGGUUCUUGGAGAGUCAUACCCUUCAGAAAUGAGCAGCUUUGAAAGGAGCUCAUCUCAUUAUUACAGCCAAAGGGUAGUGAGGGAGCAGAAUGAAGCCCAAAGCCUGGAGAAGAAGCCAAAGAGGAACUACAGGAGAGAAUCUCUCGCUUCUUCUGCAGACUCCAUGGGCGGUUCUGCAUCCUAUGGAAGCUUCACCACUUACGAAAAAAUCCCAAAGCCUGGACAUGGAGAUGGAGGGAGUGUGACGACUGUGACUCCUGUGAGGCGUUCAAGCAGGAUUAGGAGCUUAGCCAAUUCGCCUUUGUGAAGAUGAAGAUGAUGCCCCCAGCAAUUUAACAUUGUGAAUGAUGUUAAUUAGUGUGGUGUGCUGCUAGGUUAUGAUUUGUUUAAGCAGAAGAAGCUCUUAUCUUCUGAACCGAAUCGUUGUAUGUGAAUGACUGGUGGAUUAUUAUGAUUAUCAUUAUUAUUACUCUUCA